UUACGUAUUUAGUCGAAACCCUAAACACGGUCUUCGUUUAUUGCAUCAAACGAAAAUGUCAAGUUGUCAAGCAAAUACAUCAGAGCACGUGACAAUCAGUUGAGCAAAGUAAUGAAGACGUUCCAUCUUCUCUCAUGGGGUGCAAAUUCCCACCGUCAACUGGGCCACGAUGUUGAAUCGGAGCAAUGCCUGAUCCCGACGGCGGUAAAUUUGAACGACCCAUGCGGCCGGGGGCCGAGUGUCUCUGACAUAACAAAAAUGAGCGGCGGGGCGGGACAUUCUUUGAUUUUGAAUAGGCAGGGGGAGGUUUAUUCCUGCGGACUAAACAACAAGCACCAGGCCGGUGCUGCCGGGACGAGAAAGUAUGUCGAAAGUUUGGUAAAAAUAGACGCCCUGGGAGAGGCAACAGUCGUCGACAUUGCCUGCGGUUGGGACAGCUCAAUGGCUGUUGAUAACCGGGGUCAGUUGUAUGCGUGGGGAUCGAACGCCUACGGGCAAUUGGGCGCUGGGAAAACGCCCUCGCAGAAACCGGCGAUAAUUCAUCUGAAAGAAACCGCACCGGAUCCGGUUGCGAAUAUUGCAAUGGGACUCAGGCAUUCAGCCCUCGUAACCACUAGUGGAAAAGUUCUCGUUGCUGGAUACGGCAGCAAGUGCCAAUUGGGACUAAUUGAUGAAUCAAACAAAUCUCUCAAAGCUACCGACACUUUCACUCAAGUGCCUGGAUUAACUGGUAUAAAAAGUGUCGCAUGCGGCCAACACCAUACGAUAGCACUGUCAAAAAAUGGUGAUUUGUAUGCAUGGGGUGACAAUAAGCACGGGCAGCUGGGGUUCGAUCCGAAGAUAUAUGCACGUCUUGAAACGCCUCUAAAAUUGGAAAAUUUAAACGUAGGUCCAGAUGGUAAAAUUUUCACCGGAUGGACGCAUACCGCUGUGCUUCACGAUGGAAAAGUUUUCGCUUGGGGUAGAAAUACUUACGGACAAUUAGGACGCGGUGCUGAUAAAUUCCUUGCGGAAUCUCAACCGACUUGGCUACCCAAAGUUAUAAAAAAUGUUCCCGAGUUCGUACAAAUCGCUGUUGGAUCGGAGCAUAACAUUGCUCUCGCAGAAGACGGUUCGGUGAUGUGUUGGGGAUGGAACGAGCACGGGAAUUGCGGGAAUGGAACUGUUCAAGACGUUAGAGAACCGGUACGAAUCGAUGUUCUGAAAAACGGAAUGGGAACUCUUGUCGGAACGGGUUACGGGCAUUCGUUUGCAGUUGUGCAAUCCUGAAGAUGCAAAAAAAAAAAAUGGCCAAGAUCCGGUGGGAGAAAUUUGGCAAAUUUGAAACGCCACAUAAAGAACGUUCGGCUGAAUGUUA